CACACUCUCUGCCCUCAUCCCUGUCUGUUCGUCCCGCAGCAAGCCGGCGCGGUCGAACUCCCCAGAGGCCGGCAGGAGGCCAAGCUGGGCGGCGGCCUGGGGCCGGCCAAGUCCCAAGUUCGCCCGAGCCGCGAGCACGCCCCACACGCAGACACGGGGCCAACGGGGACGCCCGGAGGCGCGACCGGGAAAUGGAGGCGGACUGACUCCUCUCGCUUCCCGUAGGCCCGCACUGACGCCGGCCGGGAUCCCGGACGACGCGCCGCGGCGGACAAACAGCCUCCUGCGUGCAGCGCCUGCGACGCCAGUCUCGGGGGCAGGUGCCUCACUUUCGAUCUGGGAAGCCUUUAAAUAAAACUCGCUGAAAAUCUUACAGCAUACACAGAAGAGAGACCCCAAUCAAAAAUAAGGUGGAAAAGAAGGAUGUUGUCCUUAAACAACCUACAGAAUGUCGUCUAUAACCCGAUAAUCCCCUAUGUUGGGACCAUUCCUGACCAGUUGGAUCCUGGAACUUUGAUUGUAGUACGUGGGCAUGUUCCUAAUGACUCAGACAGAUUCCAGGUGGACUUACAGUGUGGCAGCAGUGUGAAGCCUCGAGCUGAUGUGGCCUUUCAUUUCAAUCCACGUUUCAAAAGAACCAACUGCAUUGUUUGCAAUACUCUGAAAAGUGAAAAAUGGGGAUGGGAAGAGAUCACCUAUGACAUGCCUUUCAAAAAAGAAAGAUCUUUUGAAAUUGUGCUUAUGGUACUGAAAGACAAAUUCCAGGUGGCUGUAAAUGGAAAACAUAUACUGCUCUAUGCCCACAGGAUUAGCCCAGAGAAGAUAGACACUCUGGGCAUUUAUGGCAAAGUGAAUAUUCACUCCAUUGGCUUUAGCUUCAGUUCGGAUUUAAGAAGUAACCAAGCAUCUACUCUGGAACUGACAGCGAUAAGUAGAGAAAAUCUUAGUAAUAGAGAAGGAGACAAUUCUAAAAUCGUACCCAGAACUGUCUACACCAAGAGCAAAGUUUCGACUGCCAAUCACACUUUGACUUGCGCCAAAAUACUACCUACCAACUGUUUGUCAAAGACUCUGCCAUUUGUUGCAAGGUUGAACUCCUCAAUGGGCCCUGGACGAACUGUUGUCAUUAAAGGAGAAGUGAAUACAAAUGCCAAAGGCUUUAAUAUUGAUCUAAAAUCAGGAAAAUCAAAGGAUAUUGCUCUCCACUUGAACCCACGCCUGAAUACCAAAGCAUUUGUAAGAAAUUCUUUUCUUCAGGAGUCCUGGGGAGAAGAAGAGAGAAAUAUUACCUCUUUCCCAUUUAGUCCUGGGAUGUACUUUGAGAUGAUAAUUUAUUGUGAUGUUAGAGAAUUCAAGGUUGCGGUAAAUGGCGUACACAGCCUGGAGUACAAACACAGAUUUAAAGAGCUGAGCAAUAUUGACAUGCUGGAAAUUGAUGGAGAUAUCCACUUACUGGAAGUAAGGAGCUGGUAGCUGACAUGACUGCCACAAAAACUGAAAUGCAAAAUGGCUUAUGUAACACUGGCCUUGUUAAAAUGCAUCUUACUAUCA